AACCACCUUACUUAACCACCCAUCCACUACUCAAGGAUCGAAUAAAAAGAUGCUCAAUCUAUCCAAGACGCUGCUUGCCACCUCCUUUGCUUUGGCCCUUUUCAGCCAGGCCUCUGCAGUAGCUAAUGUGACCGUUCCUCAUAUCCAAGGCAAGAUCGAGAAGGGCCCUGUAAAUCCUCAUGGUGGUGUAUCAGCCCUUGCUUCCCCUCCUUCCAGCACCAAUCUCCGCCUUUGGGAACGUACAGACUACCAAGGCGGUUGCAUCAAAUGUCAAAAACUGCAAUAUAACACCUGUUAUGCGGUAGAUAUGGGCAAAUCUGGCUUGUCGGGGCCUAACUCUCUGCGAUUUGAUCAGUUUGAUACUCGAGAUGGAUAUUCAGCACUUACAUUUUAUGAUGGGGCUACUUGCAAUGGCAAUUGGAACCGUAUGUCUGGCGUAUGGAAGAAUGCCGCCAUCGUGUUUGGUAAUCUAGGUCAGUGGGGCGGUAAUCUUAGGUCGUUUAAGAUCGCAGACUUUUUUGUCCCCUCUGAAGCUGGGCAUCUACCAUAUGGAGACAGUUAUGCCAAAACAAUCUGUAAAAAGGUCUCGAGCAGCGAAUGCCGUUUCUAG